CUCAGCAGCCCACAUAUUUAAUACUAUUUUGACCUGAGGAACUGUAAAGUGAGAAUAUGUUGUAGCUGGUUAUGAUCCAGUGUAGACUGUACGGGCAGCAGUGAAAACCUGGGAUCAAAAUAAUCUUCAGAGGGAAAUAUCAGCCAACUUGUUUCACCUGGAAGCCGCUCAAAGGACCUGUGGGUGGUCCUCGGACCCCACUUUGGAAACUCUCCUGCCACAGCCUAAUGCAGCUUAAACUUCAUGAGAAGAGAAUCCUGUCAGUGCCUCUACCAGACGAGGUGAACACGGGUCGGACUUAAGAAGACUCGUUAGACUGCUGCAUAGCUGCGUGCAUAGUGUGAAAAUAGCCCAAAGAAACCAACCACAGGUGUGUCGGAUGAAAGAACAGGAAGCGAUUUGGCCCGCCAGUGCAGCUCGGAUAAUACGUGUUUGUGAUGGAGUGGCGUCAGCAGUCCACUGUCAGCUACGACGAAGCCUACUUGGAGGCGCAGAGAUGGAUUGAGGCAGUAACCAAGAAAACAUUUGGGAGCGACGACUUCCGAUCAGCGCUGGAGAAUGGGGUUCUGUUGUGUGAUCUGAUCAACAAGAUCAAGCCUGGUAUCAUCAAGAGGGUUAACAGACUGCCCACACCUAUUGCUGGACUGGACAACCUUAACGUCUUCCUCACGGCCUGCGGGAAGCUCGGACUAAAGGAAGCACAGCUCUUUCACCCAGGAGAUCUUCAGGACUUAUCCACAAGAGUUACAGUCAAGCAUCAAGAGACCAACAGGAGGCUGAAAAAUGUACUGAUCACAAUUUACUGGCUUGGUAGAAGAGCUCAGUGUGAACGUUUCUACGAUGGACCUUACCUGAAUUUUAAGGCAUUUGAGGGCUUAUUGGGAACAGCGCUAUACAAGGCUCUGCAGGAAUCGUCCAGUCAGAAAGGCAGCAACGUCAGAGACAGCGGUUUUGGAGAUAGCUGGUACUCAGAGCGAGAGGAGCUCUUCCAUCUGAGAGAAGGAGGAGGAGGAGGACACAGGAGAGACGACUCCCUUGACAGCUUGGACUCUUUGGGCUCCCGACCCCAGAGCAUCUCAUCUGAAACCACUCUUAAAGGAAGCAGCGAGGGUUGUUGUAGUGACACUGAAGCAGACUCUGUCUUCAGGAUGGCUGAGAACAAGGACAGUUUGAGUUACCGACGGUCACUAAUCAUCACACCCAAGGCCAGCUCCCAGUUUAACCAGUUCCUGCCCACUAAAGACAAAGCCUCAGGCUACGUGCCUGCUCCACUAAGAAAGAAACGGGCCGAACGCAAUGAGGACAGCCGGCGCAGCUGGGCCAACCCCACAUACACAGAGGAUGAAGGCACACUCACCAGCGAAACAAGGCUUUCCUCUGACUGCUAUGACAACAGUCGAGUAUCCCAGAGUGCCUUGCCCGAGGCUCAUCUACAGUGGGCCUUAGAGUAUGAAAGCGGCAGCGAUUCGGACGCAGAUCGACCAGACCCUGACCUCGUUCUGGAUGACCUGGCCAGCAGACGCUUCCACAGCCCCUCCCCAGCUCCUCCCACCAACUUUGCCGUGCCCAUCAGUCCCCUGGCAGCAGGAAGGGCAUCUGGGGGUAGCGGGGGCCCCUGGCCUAAGGUCACUAUGACUCCCAGUGUUGCCCCUCAACAGAAUGUGACCUGCCUCAGCAGCAGCAUCAACAGUGGGGAAACGAAGCCUCUCCAGCAGGGCACUGUGAGGAUGGACCACCACCGCCCUGUGUCCACGGACAGCCUGUUCAGGGAGAUAUGCGAUGACUCUGAGGAUGAGGAUGAUGACGUGGGCUAUGCCGACCCCAUUCAAGAUGAUCUCUACUCCCGCAAGAUGGGCGUCAAACCCCAGCCGGUUGCCAAAGUAUCUUAUGACAAGUUCUUACCAAAGUUCUGGACGCCCGAAGAAGACGUUCACAUACAGAAGAUCAAACUGGGCUCCCAGAGGAGACCCUGGUACAAGAAGAUGCAGGGUGUCAGCUAUAAGAAGUCGGGCUCUUCGUCAGAUGAUUCAGACUGUGACAUCAGUCCUUGGCUCUCCUCUGCCCCCUCUCCCUCUGGCCCCUCUCCCUCUCACUCCCACACACACAAGGCCUCAGCUCACACCACCCUUGUUGUGGGGAAAAGUCCUCAUAUUCAAGCACACACUCUUCCUCAGCUCCCCCAGAUACAGCCCCCUCUGUUAGAGAACCCCCCUCUGGUGUUUGCCCCAGUGGACCCCGCCUCGGGUCCCAGACUGGUCAAAUGUGAGAGGUGGCCCCUCCUGGGGCGCCAAGACCCCCGGGAGCCCCCGGACCCCUUUGAUUAUGAGAGCAUUUCCCCUGACUUGGAGAAUGAUGACAUGUUUACUAGGCGAACCCUUGCCUUCCAGUCCAACCCAGACUUGGCUAUGAUGAAGACUCAGCUGUCCGCCAAGCGUCGUCUCUACACGUCUGAGCCGCAACUCAACAUCAUCACCCAGCGACACAGCUGUGUCAGCACCGAUGAGAUUGAUUUCCCUGAUAUCGAGCAGGACGAUGUGGUUUAUCGUAAGGAGAAAACCCAGCAAGCUCAGCAACAGAGGCCUCUCUCAGGAGCGCCUGACAACUAUGCCCCUAUGCCCAUCCCAGAGCCGUGGGCUCUGCCUCCUGAUCUCAAGGCCAGACUCCUGUGCCCCCCAUGUCCUCUGACCAAGGAGACGGCAGCAGACAGACAGAAUCAGGUUCAGAACGAGACACAUCCUAAAACAGAUGACAUGCUUGUUCGGAAACUUGGAGUUUGUUCCGAUCAGAGCCAGAGCUCCAUGAAAGGCCCAUCAGCCAAUCAGAUGACACCCUCAGUACCUUCUUCUUGCAGCGAAGGUGACCUGCAGAGAUGGCAGGCUAUCAGGGAAGCCAGUCAGCUAAGAUAUAGAAAGAGGCUAAUGGUGGAGAGGCUGGCUGGCCAAGUUUACGGUGGGGCGGGGAGUAAAUCAACAAGCGAUAUCCAGAUCGACCCCACCGUCAUCCAGCAGGUUCGUUACGAAGAGCUGCAGAAGUAUCGUGAGCGGAUAAAGUCAACUGAGGAUAAGUGGCAGGAUGACCUGAGCAAAUGGAAAAACCGGCGCAGGAGUGUCAACUCUGAUAUAGUGAAGAAGAAAGAGGAACGGGAGAAGAUAGAGGAGAUCACAUACAGCGGCAACAGAAGGUCUAAGACCUUCAAGGAGAUGCAAGAGGAGAGAGAAAAUAAAGGAAAGAACAGCAUUGGCGGUCGUCUCGCAUCUCUGUCUUACCUGGACGACGACAACAUAUUUGAUACACCUGUCAUUACCCCACGUACCCGGACCUUUCCUGCCAGGAGCUACACUAUUGACACUCCUUACUAUUCCUCUGAACCGCUUGAGCCUUCUCGGAAAGAGGCCGAACCCCCUGCUGCCUCCCCAGCGACUGGCAGGGCCGCUUCCCCUCCCACCUCAAUGGAAGUUGACAUUGUGGACAGUCCUGCAGGCAGAGACGCCACAACCACCAUCACUUCCACCAUCACUCCCACCAGCCGCAGCUUUUUCCACAGCUCCCAGUCUCCAGCAGCAGCAGCAGCAGCAGCAGCACCUUUACAGAGGAGUCCAGUCUCAGAACGCACCGGCACAGUCAAGACAGAGGAGACCACAACCACAGUCUCCUCUUCUAGCUCCCUACAAAAGGUGCCCGAGCCAAGGCCCUCAUUGUUGCGCACACAGACUGAGGUGGGGGCCCCCUCCUCUGGUUCUCUGUACAAACAAAAACCCAAGCCCAGCUCAAUGGAACCCAAGCCUCCUGGGGUGUCUCAGGUUUCCGCAUCCCUUCCCAGGAGCUACCAGAGAUCGGAUAGCGCACGUCUGACCUCAGUUAUCACACCAAGGCCCUUCGGGACCCAGUCAUCCCGCCUCACCUCACUUCCCCGAGCUGCUACAACGGACGACUCUCAGAAGCGUGUCAACGGCGACGCCACUGUUUCUAAGAAGUCGUCGGUGCCGAGCCGCUAUCACCAGUUCAUGACCUCUGAGGACGAGACUCGCUCUCAGUCCAGCUCAGCCCACAGCAGUGAGGAGGAAGAGGAGGAGGAGGAGGAGAAAGAAGACAAGACCACAGCGAAGAGCAUCACCUCUACUCAGAGUGUCUCACCUGUCCCUCCUCAGAUCAAGAGUGAAGCUCCAGUCAGUGCUGCUCCAGCCAAAGAAACCAGCCAGGAGAACUACUGUGAGAUGCGGAUCAGCUUGAACCAGAAGCCCAACAGCAGCAGAGACUUUGGCUUCCAGGCGGCCUGGGACUCGACAGGAGCUCGCAUCACGUCCAUCCAGCUAGGCAGCCCGGCAGAGAUGUGCCAGCUUCAGGUCGGAGAUGAGGUGUUAACGGUAAACGGGCACCAGGUGGCAGAAAUGAGCUACCCAGACUGGAAGUCCUGCAUGGAGGAGGCUCUGCAGGAGGGCAGUCUAAUCAUGGAUAUACGCCAUCAUGGCAAGAACAACUGGGACAGAGAUCAACCUUCCCUGCCAUUUAAAAGCCAUAAGACCAUCAAUCUGACCAGUACGGAUCCGAUACUUCUAGGUUCCCCUGACAAAAACACUGUCAGCUCCAGCCUGGAUUUCACCUCACGCACUUCCAUGGAAAAGCUGCCAUCCAAAGAGGCCCCCGCCCAUCCAGUCAUCGACGUGGCUUCAAACGGAGUUAAUGGAGGUUUCCGUGAACAGUCGGUGACGAUGAGGAACAAAGAGUCAGAACCCAUAUCUUUGAAAAACUUAAAACGGAGGUCAGAGUUUUUUGAAAAAGGAGGAUCAGAGUCUGCAAUGCCAGAUAUACCUGUUCCUUCAAUCAUUCCUUCUUCCAGCCGCUGGUCCUGGGACCCAGAGGAGGAGCGCAAAAGACAAGAGAAAUGGCAGAAGGAGCAGGAGCGCCUCCUACAGGAGAAAUAUAAGCGCGACCAGGAGAAGUUGCAGGAGGAGUGGAUGAAGGCUCAGCAGGAGGUUGCCGAGAGCGUACACCAAGAAGAGCCUGGCAGCCUGGAGGUGAUCAGACACAGCAUCAGCCCACUCCCGUCCCUCUCUACCGUCAACCAGCCCACCUCUCCUCCGUGGCAAGAGGAAGAGAGAAAGAGGAAGGAGGAGCAGGAGCGCCAGAAGCAGGCGGAGGAGCAGGAGCGCCAGAGGCAGGCGGAGGAGAGGAGGAAGAGGGAAGAGGAGGAGCGGGAGCUGCAGCGUCUCCAGGAGGAGAGAGAGAGGAAAGAAAGGCAGGAGGAGGAGGAGAGGAAGAUGAGGGAGGAGGAAGAGCUGAUGUGGCAGAGGAGGAGAGAGGAGGAGAGGAAGGAGGAGAGGAGGCGGCAGGAAGCUGCAGAGCAACAGCGCAGAGAGCGGGAGAGAGCCUUCGAGCAGCAGCAGCAGUGGGCUGAUGGCUCCCAUGGCUUUGCCAAUGUCCAGUCGUCACUGUCCUUUACAGACAGGACAAAAUCUAAAUCAUCUCCCCAGCUUGAUGAAGAAGAAAAACCUCAGAGAAAAGGUGUGUAUGUGCAGCCGGGGGGCAUGGCUCACUGGCUGCUGGAAGAGCAGCUGAGGAGUGCACGUGACAAACAGGCCCAGAGUCAGCGGGCUGCAUCAGAGCUAGAGACGGAGAGGAGAAACAUCCUCAAUGCCAUGAGAUACAGAGAGCCGGAAAGAGUGACGGGCAGUACAUUGGGUGAUAAAAGGAGUCAGCAGUCCGUGUCGCAGGCAGAGCAGGAGCGGCAGCAGAUCCUGAACGAGAUGAAGAAGAAGACUCCGUUGCUGAUGGACAAAAGCUGGAUCCGCGAGCGCUCCUCCACCACCAGCACGAUCCAGGAGUCUGACGUGCCACCCAUGCGCAGAGGUGAGUCUCUUGACAACUUGGACGCCUCAUAUAAUUCCUGGCGCUCAUCAUGGACACCCAGAAGCAACUCUCACAUCCCAAACUACACUCGGCCUCACUCUGCCCUCUCUGGCAGCACUUCCUUUUACGGUGGUGGGUUGGGGGCCCAGCGGCCCGGCUCCUCCACUCUGCCUUCCUCCUCCUCCAUGGGCUCCCUCCGAGGUGGCGCAGGAACCCCCUCAUCCCCUUGGUCCCGGCAGUCGCUAUCCCCCUCACCCUCCUCUCCGUCACCCACCACCUCUCCAGAGCCCACAUCUUCUGAGGCUGGCGCCCCCGAGCAACGGAGCAGGUCAGUGAGUGGCAGGAAAAUCUGUACGUUCUGUGACACCGCACUGGGAAAGGGAGCAGCCAUGAUCAUCGAGUCACUUGGGCUCUGUUAUCAUUUGGGCUGUUUUAAGUGUAUCGACUGUAAGUCGGACCUGGGAGGAUCGGAAGCCGGGGCUGAAGUCAGAAUACGAAACAAGCAGCUGUACUGUAACACCUGCUACAUGCGAUUCAAAGCUGGCCAGCCAACCUCUAUGUGACAUGACUGUACUCCAGCAGAUUGAUGAAGAGACUACUUGUGACAACAACCCAUGAGCAUUUAAGUGAACAUUGAAGCCAUUGCAAAUAGCUGGGACACUUGGUUUGGACAUACUUCCAUUUAUGACUAGAAAAUCUCAGUUGAAUCGCUGAUGAGAAUUAUAUUUGUGGUUUUUGAGAGGGUUUGCUUGCAAAAAUGUUAUCUACUUAACUGCGUUUAUAUCAUAUUAAGUAUUACAGUUGUACAAAAUGUAAGGGUUCUGCAUGCACCGGACUUUUAUGUUUUAGCCACGAAACUAGUCAAAACGUUAAAUUGUCUAUAAGAUUAUUGAGGCAGAUCUUUGUAAUGUUCUUCAAUGAGAAAGAUUUUAGAGAUCUUGAGAGAGUUUUCAAGGUUUCAGUUUCCUCUUACUCAUGCUUCUUUUUCCAGUGAGUCUUGUGGUAUUAACACGUUUGUCGACCAAUGUAUUCCUAUCAUGUCUAUGUGCCUUUUCGUUUGUAACAGGGAGAAGUAAGUACGAUUAUUAGAUAUCUUUCAAAACAUAUUUAAAACGGUCUGCUUGGAUGGCACUUAUCUGGAGUUUUCACUGAUACACGGAGGAUUGUACACACAAGCAGGUCGUGACGAUUAUAUCAUACAGAAUGGCAUUGAGGCAAACAGUAACAUUUGUAAAUAAAAUGACUAAAUGCGCUCAUC